UCAGAAAAUGGUUUCGUCAGCACGAGCCAUGCACUUUGAAUCCACUUUGUAGUGUAUAUUUCCCCAAGUCAUUCUUUUUCUAAACGCAAAUCCCGUUCUCUCUCUUUCCUUAAUUUUUGAAAAGAAUCGGAUCUAGGCAAAUGCUGGUUCUCUAACCUUGGUUUCUUUCUUCCUCUAAUCUCAUAUCCAACCAGGAAAGAAGAAAGCUAUUACUUCGGUAUACAUGGCGAGGAGGCAAGUCAAUCCCUCUCGGCGAUUGGGGGAUGGUGGCCCUUUGUUUUCAGGGUCGUCCCAUUCCAAGCAAAAAUCUUCUCCACUUUGGCCAAUUGCUCUUGUUCUCUUCCUGGGAGCACUGUUUCUUCUUGCUUAUACAUUCACGAAUAGAGGUGGACUUGGGAAUAUCAAAGGUGCCAUUACAAGGGUUCAAGGUGAUGACUCCUGCACAAUGGAGGUUCAACGAGCAAUACCUAUUUUAAAGAAAGCAUAUGGUGAUAGCAUGCAAAAAGUAUUGCAUAUUGGUCCUGAUACUUGUUCAGUGGUUUCCGAGUUGCUGAAGGAGGAUGAAACAGAAGCUUGGGGUGUAGAACCAUAUGACAUGGAGGAUGCAGAUAGAAACUGCAAAGCUCUUGUGCGAAAAGGAAUUGUGCGUGUUUCUGAUGUCAAGUUUCCACUUCCUUACAGGGAAAAAUCUUUUUCUCUAGUCAUUGUUUCAGAUACCUUGGAUUAUUUGUCUCCGAGAUACCUCAACAGGACUGUCCCAGAUCUUGCAAGAGUAUCGGCUGACGGUCUUAUAAUGUUUACAGGCUACCGUGGUCAUCAGAGAUCUAAAGUUGCAGAAGUCUCCAAAUUUGGAAGGGCAGCUAAAUGGAGGAGUUCGUCAUGGUGGGUAAAAUAUUUUGGUCAGACUAACUUGGAGCAGAAUGAAGCAGCUACCAAAAAGUUUGAUCAGGCUGCAACAAAGAUGGCAUACAUUUCAAGCUGCCAGAUUUUCCACCUUAUGCCAUUCCAUUAACAUAUUGGAAUCAUUGGAUUACUUUUGAAGAUCCUGAAAUGGCAAACUCAAAAUUAUUUCUGAUUUUUUUUUUCUUUUUUACUUUAUAUGUACCACUUCUCUACAGGUUGUUUUAAAUUUUGGUAGCUGUUGUUGUUGUAACCAGUUAAUUUAUUUGCUUUUCCCGUUUUGUGUUGUUGUAUUACAUUCUUUCACUGAAAGAAAUUUUUGUUUAAAGUAGAGCAUUCACUAUCGA